GGGCGGUCCUUCCGCCCCGCGCCCGCAGUCACCGCGGCGUCACGGGAAGGGGGCGGUGCGUCUCGGGCGUUCGGUUCGAAGCGGCGCGGCGGGAUGGAGAGCGGGGAGGCGGCCGCGGCGGGGCCCGGCGGGCCCCGGUUCCCGUUCCCCUACACGCCGUACGCCAUCCAGGAGCAGUUCAUGGCGGCGCUGUACGGCGCGCUGGAGGCUGGCCGGGUCGGGAUCUUUGAGAGCCCCACGGGCACGGGGAAAUCGCUGAGCCUGAUCUGCGGGGCCCUCACCUGGCUCCGAGACUUCGAGCAGAAGAAGCGAGAGGAGGAGGCGCGGCUGCUGGCACCCGAGGAGAGCGGGCAGGAGGGAAAGGGGUGUCCGGCCUCGGCUGGGCCAGCACGCCCAGAGAGCCAGGGCACCGCUGGGGAGCCGGACUGGGUUACGGCAUUUGUGCAGAAGAAAGAAGAGCGGGACUUGGUGGACAAGCUGAAGGAAGAGCAGAUCAGGAGGAAAAAGCGAGAAGAUCGUCUUGAGAAAAUUCGCAAUAAUGUGCAGUUAAAAUAUGCAGCAAAGAGGAAGAGAUCUGAGGAGGAUGAGACAAAGCGCCUUCUUCAGCUCAGCAAGGAGGUUCUUUCAGAGGGAGCUGGAGAUGCUCUAGAGCAGCUGGAUCACAAUGAGGAGGAGCUGAUUCUUGCUGAAUAUGAGAGUGAUGAAGAAAAGAAAGUGGUAUCUGGGCUAGAAGAAGAUGAUGAUGAUUUGGAAGAGGAGCAUGUGACUAAGAUCUACUACUGCAGCCGCACUCACUCCCAGCUGUCUCAGUUUGUGCAUGAGGUGCAGAAAAGUCCUUUCAGUAAAGACACACGUCUGGUCUCCUUGGGAUCCAGGCAGAGCCUGUGUGUGAAUGAGGACGUGCGACGCUUGGGGGCUCUCCAGCUCAUCAAUGACCGCUGCAUGUUGAUGCAGAAGAACAAACAUGAAAAAAAGAGUGAUGAAGAGAAUGGAGAGAAGAAGAGACGUGUGAGUCGCACCAUAUGCCCAUUUUAUUCCUAUGAGCAAAUGCAGUUUCUCCGUGAUGAACUUCUAGUGGAAGUGAAGGAUAUUGAGCAGUUGGUGGCUUUGGGAAGGGAGACCAAAGCCUGCCCAUAUUAUGGGAGUCGAUACGCCAUUUCUGCUGCGCAGCUGGUGGUGCUGCCCUAUCAGAUGCUCUUGCAUGAGCCUACCAGGAAUGCUGCUGGGAUCAAGCUGAAGGACCAGGUCGUAAUUAUUGACGAGGCCCACAACCUCAUAGACACCAUCACCUGUAUCCAUAGUGCCGAGGUCAGUGGCUCUCAGCUGUGCUGUGCCCACUCCCAGCUGCUGCAGUACAUGGAGCGAUACAGGAAACGUUUGAAGGCAAAGAACUUGAUGUACAUUAAACAGAUCCUGUAUUUGCUGGAGCGGUUUGUGACCAUGCUGGGAGGUAAUGUGAACCAAAAUCCUAGCUGCCAGGCUGUUUCCCAAACAGGGACAGUGCUAAAAUCCAUCAAUCACUUUCUGUUUCAGAGCCACAUUGACAAUAUCAACCUCUUCAAGGUUCAGCGUUACUGUGAGAAGAGCCUCAUCAGUAGGAAGCUCUUUGGGUUUGUGGAGCGAUAUGGAAGCCCUGCCUCAGCUGUGAAGUCCAACAAGGAGAACCAGAAGUUGAGUGGUUUGCAGAACUUUAUUCUGACCCUCCAGCAGGGAGCUGAUACAGAGGCAGGUACUCCCCAGCCCCCUGUCAUGGAGGCUGAGCAUGACCAGGUCCGAACUGCCUCUCCACUGAUGCAGAUUGAAGGAUUCCUCUCAGCCCUCACCAAUGCAAACCAAGAUGGCAGAAUCAUUAUCAACAGGCAAGGAACAGUUGGUCAGAGCAGCCUCAAAUUCCUGUUGCUGAAUCCCGCUGUCCACUUUGCCAAGGUGGUGGAAGAGUGCCGUGCUGUCAUUAUUGCUGGGGGCACCAUGCAGCCGGUGGCCGAUUUCCGAGAGCAGCUGCUGUUCUCUGCUGGUGUGGACCCUGCUCGUGUGGUGGAGUUCUCCUGUGGACAUGUGAUUCCUCCAGAAAACAUUCUGCCUAUAAUCCUCUGCAGUGGUCCUUCCAACCAGCAGCUGGAGUUCACCUACCUGACGAGAAGCAUGCCUCAGAUGAUGGAUGAGACGGGUCGAAUCCUUUGCAACUUGUGCAACAUGGUCCCAGGGGGUGUUGUGUGCUUCUUCCCCUCCUACGAAUAUGAGAAGCAGAUAUAUGCUCACUGGGAAAAGACAGGGCUGCUCACCCGCCUGGCAGUGAAGAAGAAGAUCUUUCAGGAGCCUAAGAAAGCCAACCAGGUGGAGCAGGUGCUGGUGGAAUAUGCCAAGUGCAUAAAGCGCUGCAGCCAGGCAGGAGAACAGAUGACAGGGGCCCUGCUGCUUUCUGUGGUUGGAGGCAAAAUGAGUGAAGGGAUCAACUUCUCUGAUGACCUGGGAAGGUGUGUGAUUAUGGUGGGAAUGCCUUACCCCAACAUUAAAUCUCCAGAGCUCCAGGAAAAAAUGGCUUGGCUUGACAAAACAAUGCCCAGAACUGCUGGCCAGCCACCUAGUAGAGUGCUGAUUGAAAACCUGUGCAUGAAGGCAGUAAACCAGUCUAUAGGCAGAGCCAUUCGGCAUCAGAAGGACUUUGCAAGCAUCCUGCUCCUGGACCACAGGUAUGCACGCCCUGCCAUCUUUAACAAACUGCCACAGUGGAUCAGGGAGAGAACCCAGGUGAAACCUGCCUUUGGAGCAGCGUUUGCAGAGUUAAGAAAGUUCCAUCGAAAGAAGCUGGAUGCUUCGUGAUGUGGACCAGUGAACGGGCUGUAGGUCAACUCUGUGAGCUACCCCUCUGAAGAAUACCUGAAACACCACCAGUUCAUGCUUUUCUGUACCAAGGAGUUUGUGAAUUUCUGCUUUCUGCCUCCUGUGUGGAUGUUUGCUGUUCAGUAUCUGAGCACCAUGAUGGUAAGGCACCAUAACCAGGAGAGAAGUUGACUGUAGGCCUGAGAUAGGUCAAGGCAGUACUGAGAGGGUCCUAUUUGUUUACUUCUGUUUGUUUCACUGUUAAGGUUUAUUUAAGUUGAUUAAAUAUUUUCAACACAAAA